AUGGAUGAGGAAAUGGAUGUUGACUAUGUCAAUGGUAAUGGAAAUCAUUUUAGUCAAUCAAAUGGCCAUGCUCAAUCAGAAGGAUCAGAUUGUGGAUCGGAGAUUACCAGAGUAAGUAUAACAUCUUAGUUUUAUUGGUUUUUAGAAGAUGAAAGAAAUGUUGAAUGAUGGUCAAUUGGCUUCGGAUCAGUCGAUUCCUGAAGCCUUUGGAGAGCCGUUGUCUCCAACUUCAAUAACGUUAGUUAUGUCGUAUAUUGUGAAUCGAAAGUCGGCUAGACAUAAGACGUAGGUUUACUUUAUGAAUUAUAGUAGAACGGUGGAGAUAGUCUUGAGUUAAAUCCGAAAUUUAAUAACAUAGAUUUUCAAUCUUUUAGUGGUGUUAUUGAGUGUCAUAUUUAGAUUUAAACCUUCUGCAAUGGCUUGCUGCAACUUGAUGUACACUAUCAACCACUACGAGCUGGAACCUCCACAUCAGUUGGCUGGCAAACGUAAGUUUUGAGCGCUAGGACAAAUGUAAUAAUAAUGAAUUUGGACAUUUGCGGAUCUGCGGUUUUUAGACACUUGCGGAUCUUCGGUUUUUUGGACACUUGCGGAUUUUUUUAAAGGUUUUUUUUUAUUUUUUAGUUAAUUUAGUUGUGUUAUGGUACUAAAUGGUACUAAAGUUUAAAUUGGUACGGUUUUAACAUAACAGUACCUUUUUGGGCUUUUAGUACUAUUUAGUACCAAAAAUAUAAAAGCAGUACCGAUUAAAAAUUUAGUACUAUUUAACAUUAAGAAAUAUUAAGACAGUGCCAAUUUAAACUUUAGUACCAUUUAGUACCAUACUACAACUAAAUUAAAUAAAAAAUAAAAAAAAACCCUUAAAAAAUCCGCAAAUGUCCAAAAUCCGCAAGUGUCCAAAAACCGAAGAUCCGCAAGUGUCUAAAAACCGCAGAUCCGCAAAUGUCCAAAAACCGCAUUUGUCCUAGCGCCAAGUUUGUUUUAAUAGUUUGUUUUUGACAACAAUGAUUUAAAUUAAACAAAGUUCUUAUAGUUAACGGAAAUCAUCUAUUGAGAUACCGUGUCAUAUACGCAAGGUGGCUGAUGUACUGUAAAUUUCCACAAUCAUUUUCGAAUCUUCCUCUUUACAAAGCCUCGAAAGUCAUAGAUUUUGAGUUUUUCUCUGUUUUUGGACCCAUAAUCAUUGAAAAACUGAAGAACAAGGAUAAUGUUGUGAGUUUGAUUAACUUUUACAAUAUUUUUGGUUUUAGGCCACAAAUAAAUAUGUCAUUCUAAAACAGAUAAAUGUAAAAAGAAGCUUACAAUAAGACGAUAUAUUUCUAGGAGUGUAAAAAAGCAUUGGAAAUUAUUGAAUACCUGAACAACGAGUUUACAGUACCAGCUAACUCAACAUUAUCCAGAGUACGUACUCUGGACGACAGCGCUGGCAUAAAUUUACUUCAAGAAGAAGAACCGAGUGUCACCCCGAAGAGUAGUUUAUCGAGUAUUCCAACUAUUAGCAACCUCGAGGAUGAGAAUGACACAAUGUACAGUUGUGACAAUAUGGAGGACAAUACGAUGACGAAUGGACUGGAUGAAGAUACUACGCUGGUUCCAGAUGAUACGAGGUUAGAAGUGAAAGAGGAUGAUGCCAGUUUGAAUAGCAGGUUGUUAAGGGCUCUUACUAUCGAAGACCUCGAGGAAAUGAUACCGCCAAAGUUGACAAAGGGUAGGUUGUUAAUAUUGUUCGUUGAAAGUUGUUUAAUUUAGAAUUUUAUUGUAAGGAAUAUAUUAUUUUUACAAUAUUUUUAAAGAUAAUACUUGUACUUUUCUAGAAGAAGAUGUUGUUUUUGGAGUGAAACGGAAGGAAUCAGCGAAGCAGGAAGAGAAGGAUGGUUCUAUCGCUUUUUACUUUUGUUCCAACAAUUGUACGGUAACGCAGAAGCCACAAAAGUUGCUUUGGUUGUUGCAACUUCAAGGCGUUUUCAGUGCACAGUUGCCUAAAAUGCCCAAAAGUUACAUUACAAGGAUAGUAUUCGACCCAAGACACUGUAACUUGGUACUUGUCAAACGUGGUAGGUCUUCCUACUAUGGUUAUGACAAUUUUUUGUAUAUUACUUAUGUCAUAUUUAAAAUUUUAUCCAUAAAUUGUUUUAGAUAUCGGAGUUAUUGGUGGUAUCUGCUUCAGGCCGUUUUACAACGAAGGCUUCACAGAGAUUGUGUUUUGUGCCAUUACAGCAAGUCAGCAGGUGAGUACUGUACUGUCUUACAGUUUAUUUGUUUAGGUAAAAGGCUACGGUACUCUGAUGAUGAAUCACUUGAAAGACUUUCAUGUUAGAGUAGCCAACAUUCAUCACUUUCUCACGUACGCCGAUGAGUUUGCAUUGGGAUACUUCAAGAAACAGGGGUUCAGUGAUAUCAUAAGCCUACCGAGAGUACGGUAUCACGGCUUCAUCAAAGACUACGAAGGAGCUACGCUAAUGGAAUGCGAGUUACAUCCAAAGUAAUGGUGUCGACUUUAUUAAAACCAUUUAUAUCAAUAUUCUACUAUAUAUAAGUCAAGUGUGCUUCUAACUACGAUUUGUGAGAUUAAAAGUAUUGCUUUUAGAAUGCUGUACAUAGAUUACAAGGAGGUUGUGGGUAAUAUCAGAGACGCAUUCCAAGCCUAUGUCAAUCGCAAUUUCCCGGAUUUCGAGAAAACUUACGGAGGAAUUGAACAACUGUUCCAAGAAUUACGUGAGUUUUUACAAAUUGUUGCAUAAAAUGUAGCACAAAGUAAUGGUAUUGUACUUAAAAUUGUUGUAAAAUAAGUUUAAGUCAAAUACAAUUACAAGAAACUGUUCUCACUAUCUUUUUUGUUAUAAACUUCAAUGAACGUUUACAGCCAAGAACCAAAUAAUCGAAUUGGACAAGAUCGACGGUGUCAGUCAAUUGAAACUCGAAGACCGACUUUCAGUAGAAGAUACUUUAUCGUUGAAGACCGUUUACAACAAGAUAAAGUCAAACCAGUAUGCAUGGCCUUUUGCAGAGCCAGUAGAUGCUGAGGAAGUGCCAGAAUAUUACGACUACAUCAAGUUUCCGAUGGAUAUGAAGAAGAUUGGCGACAGACUAAAGGACGGAUACUACCUUCAUGUAGGUAGCUGGAUAAUAUGUCUUUAUCACUGUUGUUAUUGAUUUAACUUGUUUGUUAUUGUUGUAUUUCUUGUAAGUCUCCAAUAAUGGGAUCUAUUUUCUGAUUUUAUCAUUUUCAGCCACGACUGUUUGUCGCUGACUUUAAGCGAAUGUUCGCCAACUGUUACUCAUUCAACUCCUCUCAAACAAUAUACUACAACUGUGGGUACAAACUGAACAUCGCUUUCAACAAGUUGUGCAACUCUUACUACCCAGAUCUCGAUCUCAAAUGUACUCUGCCUGAUACCACACCCACGUGGGAGGAGGAGUAA